CAUAUCUCCAAGCUAAGAUCAUCGUUCGCCGGGAAUAUUUUCCAACGGUUGCCGGAAUCUCUGGAUCUAAACUUGUAAUGGAUGCAAAUAGAGCUUCCAACGAUCAUCGAUGGACGAACGAGAGACACCUUCAUUUCCUGAAAUCUGUAGAAGCUUCCUUCGUUCGAACAAUGCUGGAGAACAGCGACGAUCGCGUUUUUCUUCCGAUGGAUCGGUACUUGCCGGAUAGUUGCGAAUCGACGUUAGACUCGAAGCGGAUGACGACGGCGCCGACUGGUGCGAAGAGAAGAAAAAAGCAUUUUCCGGCAGUUGAAAAAAGAGUCAGAAGAUUACGCCUCCAUUUUUCCACUCCGCAUGAAGAGGAUCAGGUAGUUCCACAGAUAAAACACAUAAGAACCGAGGAUGAUGACAACAAGUGGACAAGUUCUUUUAGCUUAUAACACGUAGGUCGGUUUUGUUUGAUAUUAAGGAUAUUAUUAAUUUAUUGGUUAAUUAUAUUAAAACCUUUGAUUAAUAUUAUUUAGAUA